GCUGCACACGGGUCCUGUGCUGCGCUGUCCUGCGUGUCGAUGUCGACAUCUUCACGUAGACUAUAACAGAGAGCCCCAUCGGUCUCUACUUUAUUUUCCUAAAUUCCGAAAUAGUUUUACUUUUGGUUUUUAUAAUUUCUAAACAAGUGCUGUGCCGCCGUGCAGAAUAUUGUUCAUUACUUCCGUAUACGCGCGCUAUGGAAAUCUGUCGCACAAUACUGUUGGAAUUUUGAUGGCGCUUGAUUAUUACGUCAUGUCCAACGAGUUUUGACUUGUUCCUGAUAGCGGAGUGACUCGUCAGUGCCAACUUGUAGAUGUGUGUGUAGCUGUCUGGAGAUGAGAUGGCAUCGGAUGUGCUCGUUUUCUGUCAUCGUUAACUUCAGUCGAGUCGAUUUCUUUUUGGACCCCGUCACGGCCAUCGAAGCCAGUUGGAGGAGCGGAGGAGGAGGAGCACAACGUCGUCACUGGACAAGUCAGGCAGCAAAGACAACCGGUACUGGCAAUUGAAUGUUGGGCCGAUCUGAGCUGAAUCAGCGUACCGGAUCAUGAUCGCCAACGUCGACGAAUCCCAGCGGGAAGAUGUGGACGACAAUUGGCUGCGCCCUCCGAUUUUCCUCUUCUACCUUCUCCGGGAUUCACCGGCCGGCAUCGACCACAAUCAGCAGCACCGGCAACUUGACAAUUACGCCAACGUCACCCGGCACUCGAGUUUACCGGGUCUAUUGCCAAGUGAUGAGUUGCUUCUGGCCGACGAAGGGCUUGUUACCACCUCCAUACCAAUCCGGAUUUUCAACACUACCUUGUCUACUCUAUUGGUGAUUGUUGGCGGUGGUGAGGGCGACAACGACACGUCGAGUUCCAGUGAUGUGAUGUACAACGGCAGCGAUUAUGACGGUGCAAGUGGUGAUAAUAACUUGUCGGACAACUACUCGUCGCCUUACCUGAUGCCGUGGCCGCAAAGGACUUCGUGGAUCGCUAUUUUCACGCUGAUGCUCUUCGUUGCCAUCGUGGGCAACACUCUGGUCGCCUGGAUUGUUCUCGCCCAUCGAAGGAUGAAAACAGUCACCAAUUACUUCUUGGUCAACCUGAGUCUGGCCGACCUGACCAUGUCGCUCUUCAAUUGCAUCUUCAAUUUCACCUUCAUGCUCAACAGUCACUGGCCGUUCGGUGGCUUCUACUGCACAGUCAACAAUUUCAUCGCCAACGUCACUGUGGCAGCCAGUGUAUUCACGCUGGUGGCCAUUUCCUUCGACAGGUACAUUGCCAUUGUUCAUCCGCUGCGACCGAGGAUGAGCAAAUGCAUCGCCCGGAUCGCCAUCACUCUCAUCUGGUUGGCCAGCUGCAUCCUGGCCGUCCCUUGCCUUCUCUACUCGCAAAUCAUCUCGCACAAAUAUUCAAACGGUGAAAUUCGAAUUGUUUGUAUCGUCGUCUGGCCGGAUGGGCUUCCCUCAGUGUCGCAACAAGAUUUCAUAUAUAACAUAGUUUUCACCGUGCUUACCUACCUGAUACCUGUGAGCGUGAUGGGUGUGUGUUACUCUCGGAUGAGCUACAUCCUUUGGCGGAGUCAGACGAUCGGAGAACUCAACCAACGCCAAGCUGAAUCCAUUCAAUCCAAGCGAAAAGUGGUGCGUAUGUUCAUGGUGAUAGUGAUGCUCUUCGCCGUCUGCUGGCUGCCCUAUCACGGCUACUUCGUUUACCAGUUCAUUGACGACCAAGUCAUCUCGUAUAAGUACGUCCAGCACAUCUUCCUUGCGUUCUACUGGCUGGCCAUGAGCAACGCCAUGAUCAAUCCGCUCGUCUAUUACUACAUGAAUGCCAGGUUUCGUCAGUACUUCAAGACGGUGCUGUGCCACUUUCUGUGCCGCGGACGGCGAUUGUCAACCAUGACAGAGCUGGCCGGAGCUGCUGUUCAUUUGGGACACCCCGGCCGUCGUUCCAGUCCCGAUCGAUCGCUUCCUCCAGGGAGGAGUUACCCAUUGAGUGCCCACCCUGGAAGGUCAGCCCACAGCAGUAGGACGUCGUCGGCAGCCUCUACACCGAUCCUGCGUCACCGCAAUAACCAUCGCCAUCAAAUCAUUCGCUUCAAUACUCGCCGUUUGAUCAUCUUCCACCAGCGCAUCACCAACCAGAAUCUCCGCAAUCAACAGCAGUCUUCGGCGGAGAUCCCGCUGGUCCACCGCGAUAACUUGUUGGCGACUGCCAACAAUCAGCACGCUCCCGCGUCGGCCGUCCUGCCAGCAGCCCAUCACCGCAAAACUUUGUCCGACACGCCAAACUCCGCCGAGUCGCAAAAUGUUGGCAACGGCGCAGCAGUGACGAUGCUGUGCCUGGAUCAAGACGUUUCCGAAACCUCUCAAACUAAAAAUACUUCUGUCAUGAUCAGCUAUUUGUGAGAGGGGAGACGACGCAUCUGCUUCGCUCUUUUCAUUUGAAAUUGAUCGCAUUCAGUUGGAACCGACGACUUAUAUAGGCCUAUAUCUAACCGGGAACCAUCACUCAACUGCCGCGCUAGGAGACCUAUAAUCUGGUUUCAGGCUCUAGUGGUUCGUGCACAAAUGCUUCAGCCCAAUAACGAGAUGAGCAAAAAAGGAUUUGAGAUGAGAUGUAUCAUACGAAUUCAAGGAAAUAGUACUUCCAUAUACCAUAGGUGUGUGUCUUGCAAGGAAUCGUGUCAUCACCGAGGCGAUGGAGGGCUGAUGGAGAGUCUCCGCCUGGCCAGUCAGGUUAACCUGAUUGUCUGCAUCACGGUAAUGCUCAGAGAUGUUUAUUGAUGUCCAUGUCGCAUCUUUUAGAGUGCUUAUCAGGCACUUUUUGGGGUUGUUUUACUGACUGAUUUUAUCUCGAGAGGUUCGCGCGGGAUAUUUCGCCCGCAAUUCUUGUGUUUACCCGCCACCAUACGGCCGCUGUCUAAGUGUCAUCAUCAAUUGAUUUCCUUGCGUCGUUCAACGUCGGUGUUUGCUGGCUUUUUUUGCUAAACAUACAGUACAUUAAUGGAAUUAUGUUGUCAAUAUGGUGUCAUCUUUAAGUGUCCUGCUGUACCCUGUGUGCUGUAUUUAUCAUAUCAGUGUUUUUGCAAUACAUUUCCGCAU